CUAUUUAAGGAAAAAGGAGCCAAAGCUUGGCCACCAAGAAAUUAAUCAAACCAUGGCUACUGUUUCCAACGAUCGACACGUGGCCGUCUUCCCAUUCCCAUUCACCAGCCACUUCGGCAGCCUCUUCAGGCUCGUCCGCCGCCUCGCUGCCGACGCCCCGAACGCCACUUUCUCCUUCUUCAGCACUCCUAAAACCAUAGAAUCCUUGUUCGCACCGUCGAAAAACGUCCCCCGCAACAUAAAGCCGUACGUGGUGCCGGACGGGGUGCCGGAGGGGCACGUGCUCUCCGGAAACCCUGAGGAGCCCAUCAGCUUGUACCUUGCGGCGGUGGAGGACGGGAAGAGCCUCAGGGGAGUUCUGGAGGCGGCCGAGGCGGAGAUAGGGCGGAGGGUUGGGUGUGUUAUGUCCGAUGUGUUUCUGUGGUUUGCCGGCGCAUUGGCGGAGGAGAUAGGGGUGCCGUGGGUAGCGUAUGUGCCCGGGGACGCUUGCUCUCUGGCGGCUCAUUUUUACACUGACCUGAUUAGGGAAACUGUUGGGAUCCAUGACAUUGCUGGGCGCGAAAACGACGUCGUGAAAUUCAUCCCAGGAUUUUCAGCGAUGCGCCUCGGGGACUUGCCCACGGGAAUCCUGUCUGGAAACUUGGAAUCUCCAUUCGCAAUGAUGCUAUACAAAAUGGGCCGGGCGCUGCCGAAGGCAACUGCAGUUGCCAUCCUCUCCUUUGAAGAUCUAGACCCAGAAAUCAACCAAGAUCUCAAGUCCAAGUUUAAAAUGUUGCUCAAUUUCAGCCCCUAUAACUCAUUACCAUCGUUGUCGCCACCGCCCUCCUUGGUCUCGGACGACUACGGAUGCAUCCCGUGGUUGGACAGCCACAAAGCCGCCUCCGUUGCCUACAUUGGCUUCGGAACAGCAGCCACACCGCCACCGGUUGAGAUUGUGGCAUUAGCUGAAGCACUAGAAGCCAGCGGCACUCCGUUUCUCUGGUCUCUCAAAGAUAAUUUCAAAGAGUUAUUUCCGAAAGGAUUCAUGGAGCGAACUAGUGAGCUAGGAAAAAUCGUGCCCUGGGCACCUCAGGAACGAGUUCUGGCGCAUGGUUCAGUGGGAGUUUUCGUGACUCACUGCGGGUGGAACUCGGUCUUGGAGAGCAUUGUAGCCGGUGUGCCAAUCAUCGGGAGACCGUUGUUCGGGGAUCAUCAUAUAAACACGUGGAUGGUGGAAAAUGUGUGGAAAAUUGGUGUGAGGGUGGAGGGUGGAGUUUUCACAAAAAGUGGCACAAUUUCUGCCCUUGAAUUGGUUUUGAGUCAUGAAAAGGGGAAGGAAAUGAAGGAGCAAGUUGGAAAGUUCAAAGAGCUUGCUUUGAAGGCUGCUGGACCAGGAGGGAGCUCAGCUCAGAAUCUCCAUACUCUACUGGAGAUAGUGACAAAGUACAAUCUUUAGAAGAUAUAAUCCAAAGAAACUAUGUUGGAGGUAGCAAGCCAUUUCUUGUGUGUCUCUGAAAAUGCUACUAUUUCCAAAAAUUAUUGUAUGUUUUGUACGUUAUUGCGGUAGAAAUUAUCGUCCUCCGAGGAAUCCUUCUAAGAAUAGGGCCUGCCCUUGCAAAUAUUUAAGCAAGCCAUUUCUUCUAUGUAUGUGAAACGAAAAUGAAAAUGUUCA